GGCGGACAGGGGGCAGCUCUGCUGCUGGAUUCACUCUAUUAAAUUUUUAACCAUAUAGCUGAGUCAACAUUAUUAUAAAUUUACAAAUGUAUACGUAAUGGUUUCGUAAUUUCAACGACAUCAUUCUACUUUAUAAGUAAGUGAAAACGUCGAUCUUUAGAUGCGUGAACUCAGCAAUGCGUUACCAAGGCAACGCCAUCUGUUUCGUGCAUGAAGAAAAGGCUCUCUCUUACAAUCGAUUUAUUUUGUGAAGGUUUUUUACUGACGAUUUAAAGCGCACCUCCCCCUUUUCCUGAACGAAGGACUAAUAUUUAAUUUUCCUGUACGUCGACUGAAUAAUUGAAUGAAAAGUUUAAAUCGCCUUGAAUUCUAAUCAGAGAUCGGUCCACUCUGGACUCGCGUGUCUUCUGCUUUUUAAACUGUGUCCUUAAAAAAGAAACUGACUGUCUGGGUUCAGUUUUAUUCCAGAACUCAAAUCAGAUGUGAUAAAAGCUGCAGUGAGAACCUUUCAGAUCCAGUUGGUCGCUUCAGAUCCUGGUUCCAGUUGUAGUCCUGAUCCUGAUAAAAACCUGAGAUCGUCCCUACUUUUGAUCCUGGGCUUUUACUCAUCUGGGUUGCACCUAGUCCUGGUCCUUGACUCAGAUCCGGUCCUGACUGUGGUCCUGGUCCAGUAGACAUGGAGCAGUACAGUCUCCUGGGGCGGAUCGGGGAAGGGGCUCAUGGCAUCGUGUUUAAAGCCAAACACAUUGAGACAGGUGAGACAGUGGCCCUGAAGAAGGUGGCUCUGCGGCGGCUGGAGGACGGCAUCCCGAACCAGGCAGUGAGGGAGAUCAAGGCUCUGCAGGAGAUCGAGGACAACCAGCACGUGGUGAAGCUGAAGGACGUCUUUCCUCAUGGGACAGGCUUCGUUCUUGUCUUCGAAUUCAUGCUGUCCGACCUCUCCGAGGUCAUCAGGAAUUCGCAGCGACCUCUUACUCCAGCCCAGGUCAAAGGUUACAUGAUGAUGCUUCUGAAAGGCGUGGCCUUCCUGCACCGCAAUGACAUCAUGCACCGGGAUCUGAAGCCAGCAAACCUCCUCAUCAGUUCUUCAGGUCACCUAAAGAUCGCAGACUUCGGUCUGGCGCGACUCUUCACCGACCAACAGGAUCGACUCUACAGCCACCAGGUUGCUACCCGGUGGUACCGAGCUCCUGAGCUGCUGUAUGGAGCCAGAAAGUAUGACGAAGGGGUCGAUCUGUGGGCAGUAGGCUGUAUCUUCGGGGAACUCUUGAACUCGUCUCCUUUGUUUCCUGGAGAAAAUGACAUCGAGCAGCUUUGUUGCGUCCUUCGAGUUUUGGGAACGCCGACACAGCAAAGCUGGCCUGAGAUGGUAGAGCUGCCCGACUACAAUAAAAUCACCUUUAAGGAGAAUCCUGCCAUCCCAUUGGAGGAGAUUGUUCCUGACACUUCGCCGCACGCCAUCCAGCUCCUCUACAAGUUCCUGGUUUACCCGUCCAAACAGCGCUGCUCCGCCAGACAGGCACUUCUCCACCCGUUCUUCUUCACCCCUCCGCUUCCCGCCCACCACUCGGAGCUGCCCAUCCCUCAGAGGGGGGGCAGACCCCCCCGCCAGCGCCUGCAGGCCCCGCCCACUGACUUCUCGGUGGACCUGCCCAUGGAGAACAGCUUGGUAGACCCCGCGCUGCUGCAGGGACACGCCUCCUGCCUCUGAAGCAACUGCUGCGCCCCUUCAUUUCAAAACAUUCCUGUCCUAAAGUGUGAAUGGAUUCGUCUCUUUCAUUAAAGUCUCAGAACCGAUGCUCAGACUCC